AUGGACAUAUUGUUCCCGGUGGAGCCUCCGCGGUCGCUGCGGCUGACGGUGGACGGGGAGCCGUGGAACGGCACGGAGCCGUGGCUGCAGCUGGAGGAGGGCGCGCGGCUGCGGCUGGGCUGCGAGCCGGAGGGCGGCGUGCCGGCGCCGCAGCUCACCUGGUGGCUGACGCCGGCGCCGCCGCCCGACCCCGAGGAGCCGCCCCGGGGCGCCGUGCCGCUCAGCUCGGCGGCCGGCGGCGGCGCGCGCGUCGCCCUGCUCGACGCCGUGGGCCGGCAGCACCACAACGCCACCGUCUCCUGCCUCGCGCGCCACCAGGCGCUGCGCCGACCGCUGCGCGCCGACCUCACGCUGCACGUGCGCUACAGCCCGUCGUUCGCCAUCAGCCGGCUGCCUGACUUCGGGUUUCCUCUCCGCGAGGGCAUGGCCGUCUCGCUCAAGUGCGACGUGGACGCCAACCCUCCUUCAUCGCCCAAGUGGCUCAGAGACGGCGAGGAGCCGCCGGUGGCGCAGACUGGUGACGGCUUCCUGAACUUCAGUUACGUCCGGCGGGAGCACAGUGGCUGGUACAAGUGCACUAGCCGCGGCGCCAGCUCCAUCGGAUACUUCCUCAACGUCAGAGCGUCCGACCCAGCAGAGGAGGAUUCGCUGGGCGGGUCGACGCCGGCCCCGGGCAGUGGUGGCGGCGUGGCGCCGUCGCGGGGCUCUCUGGAGCGCCAGCUGGAGGUGCCCCUGGGCAGUACGGUGACGCUGCAGUGCCCGGGCGGCGGCGCCUCCUGCUGGAGCCGCCUGGGCAGCCCUCCAGAGCCUGUGGGCGCGGGGCCGGACCUCACCAUAGAGCGCGUGCUGUAUCAGGAGGCGGGCGCCUACCGCUGCGAGCCCGCGCUGCACGACGCCAGUCACCUCACCGUCAACCUGUCCGUCAGGGGUGAGUGCAGCGGCCAGCACUGCGACCAACAACCUCCCGAACUAGCGGGGUGGCGCAGUGGUUAG